CUGUUCCUACUUUAAUGCCACACUGUCUUUAUUCAGGUUGUUAGACGCUGUCUGGCUUAACAGUGUAUCUAUUAAUGUGUGAGGUAUAUUAAACCCGAGUUAAAAGUCUAAUGCUAAAUUCGGCAUCUGUAAUCUACUUGGAUCUGUAUUGCUUCAUUGUGACAAUAUUGGUCUUAACCUACCUCUAAUUCUGACCUGUAGCUCUCAAUGAAGCAUAAUCUCAAAUAAAUCUCUGCUUUGUGUGUUUGAUGUUUGCCGAAUUGAAGGGUGACCGAUAUAUGUUAGUAAAAAUACCCACAUUCUGCCCUACUAGAUAUGCAUGCCUCUAUACCUGCUAUAAUAUAUUAAACAAGCAAAUUUCUGAAUGGAAUUUGGUCUGACUCUCCAAGCAUUGAGAGAAAUUUCACAGCUCUGAUCUGAAGUCAGCUUUACCAGGAUACCCAGCAUGCAGGAGGACUCGAGCCGCAGUCCCAGUUACACGGUGGCGUGUGAGGACUAUGUUCACGUGGUUGAAUUCAGUCCUUUCAGCUCUGGCACCCCUGCCUCUCUCCUGGCCUACGGUGGAAACCAGUAUGUGGUAGUGGGCACCUGCCUGUUCCAGGAGGAGGAUAUGGAGGUUGAAGGAGUUGAGUUCAAUGUUCUUCGAGCUUUCCAUCAUGAAUUGCGCGUCGAUGCUCUCGCCUGGAGCCCUGAGUCCCGACUGGACAGGUUACCCACUAUCAGAUUUUGCACUGCUGCAGCUGACAGAAAGCUACGCCUGCUGACUUCUGAUCUUCAGGAUAGACAUGAAGUCAAGGUGAUGGAGGGCCACAGCAGCUACAUUAACCAUUUGGUGUUCGAGCCCACAGAGGGGAAACAAAUUGCUUCCGUCAGUGAUGACCACACUUGCAGGGUGUGGGACCUGGAUGGAAAUGAAAGCACUACUCUCAGACUUCGCUCUCCUGGGAUCAGUGUGUGCUGGCACCCAGAGGAAGCCUUUAAGUUAAUGGUGGCAGAGAAGAAAGGAACAAUUCGUUUCUAUGACCUGGUGACGCAGCAGGCCAUUCUGUCACUGGACUGUGGUCAGUCACCACUCAUGUCAGCUGACUGGUGCCUCACCAACACGAUCAAAGUCGGUGCUGUGGCGGGAAACGACUGGCUCAUCUGGGACAUAACUCGCUCCAGUUACCCACAGGAAAAAAGACCUGCACACAUAGAUAAAGCACGGUUAUUCAAGUGGUCUCGAGCCAAUGAAAACCUCUUUGCCACGACCGGAUGUCCAGGAAAGAUCUGUAGUCAGUUACUCAUCCACCAUCUUGGCCACCCACAGCCGGUGAUGAUUGGGUCUGCCGCAGUGGGAUCCGGCCUCAGCUGGCACCGGACGCUCCCGCUCUGUGUGAUUGGCGGGGACAGGAAACUUUGCUUUUGGAUGACUGAAAUGUAGACAUCUGUACAGCACUUAUCCAGGAUGGAUAACUAGGUCCUGUGUUUUCUAUUCUAGUAAAUGUUCAAUAAAAUAUUUUUCUGAG